AAAUGUCAACAUUCGCUUUUUUGUGUCAGGUUACGUUAUGUCGAUUGUAAAAUUAUAGAUGUGCCCAGACAUGUUCACCAGAUGGCAAAUCUUGUUAGGUCUUAGAGACUUAAGUUAGAAAGAGAGAGGGAACAUGGGAUUUUGUGAUUGAAUCAAGUUUUUAAUUUUUAGAAAGUGGAUCAUGAUGUUACCGAGGGAGAAAAUCGCCACCGUGGUGAUUUUAGACCUGGAAUGCACGGGACUUAUAAACCCCGGGUCCAGGCCGAGGGUGACGGAGUUGUGUCUUCUGUCUGUCCAGCGGGAGGAGCUCCUGACCCCUGUAGGCUUACCCCGGGUCUGUAACAAGCUGGUCAUGUGUAUCAACCCCAAAAAGAUGAUCGACCCAGCAGCCAGCAUUAUUACUGGUUUAUACAAUGAUGCAUUGGAGGCCCAAUCUCCCUUUGAUGAUGACACCAUCACUUCUAUUUCACAUUUUGUUUCAAGACUUCCUCAGCCUAUAUGUCUGCUGGCUCAUAACGGAAACGGAUACGACUUCAAAAUUCUGAAUGCUGAGCUAAAAAGAAUUGCUCGUAGUCUACCAGGUGAGAUUUACUGUGCUGAUUCACUGGAAGCACUUCGUGCUCUGGAUACAGAGGCGGCAGACAUGUUGUCAGAUCCAACACAAAAUACCAAUAAUGGAGCUUCAUCUGCCACACCUGUGGGACAGAACAUUCCCGAGGUGCCGGAGCAGGUCAUAGAUGUCAAAGGUCGAGUGAGACAGAAAAAACGCAAAUGUGAUGCAGACUUUGACAGAGUUCCCAUUGAGGCCAAAUCUGUACGAAAAAGAUUAUUUGACUCUGCAGGAAAAAAAGACGAUGAAAAAAGUGAAGAUUCAGUAGAUCUGAUAGGACAUAAGCCAAUUGGAUCAAGCUUGAAAAUGUCAGCUGAGGUUGUAAGUAAAAGAAAUACAUGUGACAUUGAGUCAGUGAAGAAGAGGCUGAGUUUUGAUGAAGAUGACGAUGAUGAGGAAGAUAAUGAAGAUAAAGAUGUAGAAAUGUCCGACAAAGAAGAAAAUCACAAUCCGUCAUCAGUAGAACAUAGAAAUGUUGACAGUCAGCACACCGUUCCUGCUUCUCAGGGGAGUCUGCCAGACGAUGAUUUUCUACAGGCUGUGGAGAACAUAGAACACUCACAAUUAGAAUCUCACACCAAUAUAAACAGCGAGACUCCUGUAUGUCCAUUAAAACCCUUAGACUGUGUAACUCCUAAGGAACAGACUGUCAGUGUGUUAGCUAAUUGUGAGGGGCUGUGUACCCCUGAGACUCCGUCCACCAGCGGCCAAACCUUCCCUACCAUGUCCACCCCACAGAAAGGCCCGUGCCUUACCCCCAAGAAAGAACACUGUAUCACCCCACAAAAAGAGCAGUGCCUGACCCCUAUGACAGGUCUUGUGCGCUCGACAGCAGCAUUUCAAUUAAAUACUCCAGUCAGGGGAAGAAAUGAAGCAUCUAAUGGAGACCCAGGAAAAAGAUCCAUCCCUAAUGGAAUGGCCUGUCGUUCACUCUUUAGAUCCACCACUGAAAAUGCAGCAUCAGGAUUCAAACCAGGUUUUUCUCCUGUGUCGCGAUUUCCUCCGAGGGUAUCAUACAAACUUGGUGACAUUUACAGACGAAUCUUUGGACAAGAUCCGGUCAAUCUCCACAGUGCGGAGACAGACUGUGUCACUCUGAUGAAAAUUAUCAAACAGCGAUCUCCAGCAUUUAUACAGUGGGUGGAUGAGCACGCUGUUUUGUUAACCUCUAUACAACAAGCUUAUUAAGUAUUAAGAGUGUUUAAAGUUUGUGUAUUUCUGAAAUACUUGUUUGUUAUGAUUGUGUAUAAGGAACAAAUGAAGUAGAUUGGAUAUUUCAAGACUUUUGAAUUAAGUAUCGUUAACCUUUAUACAAGGUUUUUAGAUUUUUAAAUAUUUUUAAGCUGAAGUAUUUUUAGAAUAUUUUACUUUUAUUAGUUAACAAAUGGUGUGAUUUUGUUUGAAUGUUUUAACAUUGCAGAAAGAAGUAUCAUGUGAUGUCAACCUAUAUAUAACAACCUCUAGAUUUUAAAUACUGUAGACGUACUUUUUUUCCAUGGGGUCAUAAUUCCGUGGAAUCUCAUUUUCUAUUUAAUCCGCAGGUAGAAAAUUACGCGGAUUUUCUUGACUGUCACUAUAUGCCUUACAUUUAUAUUAAAUACGCUUGAACAAAUUUCCGCGGAUUAUCUGUGACCGUGUACAUAGCGUAAAUUAAUACCAUGCGGAAAAAAGUACUUCUACAGUAUUAAUAUGUAUGUACUGUUGGAAUAUUUUGAAUUCUUUUCUGAUCAGAUGACCUGAUUUUAUGUGAACAAAAGUAUUUUUCAUGUUUUUGAAUGAAGUAUAAUUGUACUUCCAUUUUUUUAUUUGUUUAUUUUUAGAUGACAACUUUAUUUUAAAAAACUGUUUAAUCAAGCUGUUGUAUUUUACUAUCUUCAGGCAUUUCUGGUUUUGUUAUAGAUUUUUUGAUUCCAAUAAUUGGAAAUAUGAUCUGGAUAUUGUUACAUGAUUCAGUGACAGUCUUUCACCGAGUUGAGAAUUUUGAUUAUCCAUGUCAGCUGGGUAUAUAUAUUAGAUUAUCUUAAGAUUUAAGAUAUUGACCAGUUAGGACUGCUGGGCUCCUUUUAGUUAUAUUGUAGGUCAACAGGGAAUGGUUUGUUUGAUGUACUCACCCUGGCCGAUUCAAUAUUAUAUGAAACUUUUUAACUUAUUUUUGAGCAGCAUGCAAUCCAGCAUAAAGAUUUAUACCAUAUAAGUUAUGAAGGAAAUUACCUUCCCCUCCCCAAAUUUAAAAAUAUUGGGUCAGAAACUCAGAAUACAUCAAACAAAACAUUUACCCGGUACAUAGAUGUGUUAAUUUGCUUACAUUUAAGUUAUGUAGAUAACUCUGUAGACAGUAGAAAGGAUUGUUACUUGUCUUUUUAUAAAGUCAGUAUAGAAUAUAGACAUGUUAGACUAGUCAUUGAU